AACGUAAGUUGUCCAUACAAAGAGAGCUAGGCUUUAUCAGAAAAACCAACACAAACCUUGAAAACCUUGGUGUUUUAGGCAGAGAAAAUCACAGCAAACGACCAUUAUGAGAAGCGUCCGUAGAGGCUCCUUUUUGGCGAUUACCGCCCUAUUUCUCGCCUCCGCACAGCCGAUCCGAAGUGCAGACUACUCCGAGGACGACGCAUCGUCUGUGCUGUUCGCCGGCUCCGACGUAGUGCGAACGGCAGGGUAUGGGAUAGAGAAGCUCUCAUCUGUACUGGUUACUGGCACAGUUACCUGCGAUGCAUGCCGGGAUACCGGAAAAAGCCCGUUCGUGUCAGGAGCAACUGUGGCUGUCCGAUGCCAAACGAACGGUGGAAAGAGGAGUAGACACUUUCGGGUAAGGGGCAAAACUGAUGAAUACGGUGACUUCAUGAUAGAUAUUCCCUCUCACAUGCAUGCCACGCCUAGACUCGAGAACACUUGCCACGUGACCGUUGUACAGAUUCCGGAAAACUCAGAUUGUCGCCGGAAUCGUGCCGGAAGACAAGCCUUUCGUCUCCGUGUCUCUUCUGUGGGGAACGGAAUUAGGGUUUAUACGGCCGGAUUCCUACAUUUCCAACCACGGGGAGCGGCUGCGAUUUGCCGAUACAUGGGUAAGGAAGAAGAGAGACCAUGGUGAUCAUAUCUCUCUCUUACCUGUGUGCCUUUAUCUCUCUAAAUCUCAUUUACUAGACACCCUCUCUCUCCCUAGCUAGAAAUGUUAAUAUGUCCAUAUGUGCACCAAUGUCUACAGCCUUCCUCAAGUUUGUUGUAUUGUACAUACACGUGAGCUCAAAAGAUCUUCAUCUUUAUAGCCUUUUUUUCAAUUAUUUGAGGUCGGCAAAUAUGAAAUAUGUGUAUGUAUGAAAAUGCAUAUAGCCUUCUUAGGGUUUUUAUUCUAAAAUCCUAAAACAUGCUACGAGUCUAUUCCAUUUUGGAUGUACUUUUCU